UUUUCACGUCUCCAUUGCUUCCUGGGGGAGGUGUAGCCCAACACUAAUAAAAGCUGUGAGUUCGAGGGGCUGGACAGUUUAGUGCCAGGCAGUUCCGUAGCUCGAACAUAGCAGAACGUCAAGAUGUUGAGAUUCGGUCAGCCUCUCCUACUUCUGCUCCUGUCCUUGUCGUGGGCCCAAACAGCACAUUUGCGGAGCCAGAUCGUCGGAGGCCAGGAAGCAGCACCCCACUCCAGACCCUAUAUGGCAGCCCUCAAAAUGGGCAGGGGCUAUGGCUGCGGCGGGUUCCUGGUGGACCCCCAGUGGGUAAUGACGGCUGCACACUGCAUGAGCGAGAUGACCGUGGUUUUGGGGGCACACGACCGCUCUGCCAUCGAGAACACUCAACAGGUGAUCGGCGUUGAGUCGUACCACAUGCACCCGGAAUAUGAUCGUAUAACGGUUUCAAACGAUAUCCUUCUGCUCAAGCUGGUGCACAAGGCUACUCUCAACAAAUACGUCCAGAUGAUUCCCCUGCCCAAGUCUAGCAGCGACCUCCCGGAGGGGACACCCUGCAGCCUGGCAGGGUGGGGCCUGAUUGACGACAACCAGGACACGGAGAGGCUGUUUGAGACCAACGUCACCAUCUACAGCCGCAGGAAGUGCAUGAAGAUCUACCCGCAGCUCAACGAUGCGAUGAUCUGUGCCGGCAGCCACAAUGACCUUCGGGAUACAAGCCAGGGUGAUUCCGGAGGCCCCAUGGUGUGCAAAGGCGUGGUACAAGGAAUCGUCUCGUUUGGUAACUCGUACCCUCCUGGCGUCUACUCUCGCAUCGCCCAUUUCCUUCCCUGGAUCAAGGAAACCAUGGAAUCCUGAAGAGAAGAAGCAA